AUGUCGGCACUCUUGCCCGCAACGGUGCUCUCGGGGAUGAUGGGAGCGUGGGCAACUGGUCGGGUGUGGGAAAGUGACGUCAGCGACACAAGUUCAUCGAGUGAUUUCGCCUUUGUCACUUUGUCUGCGAACAGCUUGAGCACCAAGUGCGGCCUCCAGGUCCGAAACAGCCUCCCUACUCGUGAGGCUCGAUUUGCGGAGCAGCGGCAUGCGAACGGAUCCAUUGCCCCCAGCAUCAAGAUACCUGCACGAUAUCUAUGGUUGGGCUUUCUCGAGAAUAGAUCUGGCAGAGCGUCCUAUCUUGAGCGAGGUCGGUCGUCAAACGGCCACUCAGAAAACCCUCCCGGCAAGGCCAUCGGGUCGCUUCUCCGUGCCCAGUACUGA